CGUAUCCUAUCCUAGCUCGCUCCGUUCCAUCGUCGCAAAUUUGACACCUUCUCGGAAGAAAAUAGCCCUAACUAGAAAAAUUUAUUACAUCUUUUGCGCAAAACGAAACGCCUGUUUCGGGAAAAAUAUCGUUGUUUUGUAACCGCGAAGUUUUUCUGCCAUUGAACAUCGCCGGAGCAGCAUGGAACUGUAGCGCUCCGAGCGGGUACAAUAUUGCAGAAACGAUUCCGACUCCGAACGAAGGAAAGAUUCGCCGAUUGUCCAUCCCUUCUGCCAGCAGCAGCCGCCGGAAAAGAAGAAAAAACUGAACUCACACGGCAACUGUUCGGUGGCAUUGGUUUUGUGUUAGUUAUUGUCACGGUUGCUCGAUUUAGUUGAGCACGAAGGGGGACAGUUUAGUUCCCAGACCGUCAUCCGGUGACGAUGGAAGCGCUGGUGGAAAAUUCGUCGAACCCUCCGUGCCGGUUCUACUGUCAUUCGUGCUCGGUGGAAAUCGAUCGGGUUUCAUCGAACUUCACCUGCCCGCACUGUUCGGAAGGAUUCAUUGAGGAGCUGCCAGCGGCCGACAGAAGCAACAAUCCACCGACGCCACCACCGCCCGGUUCCGAUGGCGAUUCCAAUACAAAUGAUUUCAUCAAUCCACAGGCAAUAAGACUGGCUAGCGAAAUAUUCAGCAGCAGCAUUCUUUCGCCACUAUUGUUGUCGACCUCUAGUGGGCCACGUGGCUCAGAUUCCGAUGGAGGAGGUUCCCUAGGAGAUGAUGGCGGCGAGCCAGCAGGGGCUAUGGGGGUUUCCACCGGUGCUGGUGGAGGAGGAGUUGGUCCCACAUUGCUGAGAGGGAGGCAUCGCAACAGACGUCGGGGCAACCUGGACGACAUCCUGCGGGAGAUUUUGAUUUCGGUGGCAGACGGAGCGAACGGAGGCAUCGGAGGGACUCCGAUGUUCUUCAUGGGCAAUCCAGGAGACUACGCAUGGGGCCGGGAGGGAUUGGACACGAUCGUGACACAGUUGCUCAACCAGAUGGACAACACGGGACCACCGCCGCUGGAGAAGGAGAAGAUCGCCGAAAUCCCGAAGGUCACAAUCAGUGCCGAGCAGGUGGACAUGAAGCUGCAGUGCUCGGUCUGUUGGGAGGAUUUCCAGAUUGACGAAGUCGUUCGGAAGCUAUCGUGUGCUCACGUAUACCAUGAAUCGUGUAUCAUUCCGUGGCUAGAGUUGCAUGGUACAUGUCCCAUUUGCCGGAAGAGUCUGGCACCGGAGCAGCAACCGGAUGAGCAGCGUGGCCUAGCAGCAGCGGCGAACGCCGUUGCCAAUACGUUACGAUCACUUCACUCGGACGCGUUUCCCGGUGCGACGAGCCAUUCCUCGUCGUCCUCGAUCGACGAGGGAGGUCCAUCCUCCUCUAGUCUACUAGUCGAUCUCGGCCCGCAGAUGUUUUCCUUCGGCACCGGUGCCGGGGCGAGCAUGGGAAACCCACGGGCCCAUGCCGGCCUGAGCACAUCCCGGGAAAGCAAUGCCAGCACGUCGUCCACAGUAUCCCCCUCCGCCAGCAACAAUGCAUCGUCGUCCGGGGCGGCGGCGGCAGCGGCGGCGGCAUCGUCAUCAUCGGCUUCAACAUCCGGUACCGAUAGCAGUAGGACAGGCAAUUCCGGCGGCACCAACCGGUAUCGUGACGACGACGGUAACAUCGACUAUGACUUUGAUUAAUGGUUUCACACUUUUGGAGGAGUAGGUAAGUUUUGUGAAACAUGGUUGCGAUGCUUUUUACCAAAAAAUGAUUUUGAUUUGUCACGAUUUUCUGCGGUGUCCCUCCGGAACACCAUACGGAAGCUUGCAACGAAAGCUUAAAGCGGUGGAGGAUAGGGACACUGUGUUAAGUGAAUGUAAUUGUAGAGUUUUUUUGAAUGAAUUCACAUUUUCCCAUUUUGUAUAAUGGAAACGUUCGAGCACUAUCCAAUAGAUGUAACUAACGAAAGCAAUGUGUUUCUUUUUUCUUUUAUAUAUUAUCGUUUCAUAGAAAUUUGCACACUUGUGAUACUUGUACCAUGGCUCUACAAUUGGACACUUAAGUGGCGUGCUAAUUAACAUUUGAGUUCAACGGUAUCAAUUGGUCGAGUGUGUUGAAUGGGUCAUUCCCGUCAGGUUGAGCUAUUCAUUUUUUUUUUUUUUUUCGUUUGAUAACUAGUUUCUACAUGUCCUCGUUUGUUUUCAUACUCUACAUCUUUUUAAUUUACAAAGCUUGAACAUGUUUCAGGAUUAAAUAUUAAAAGAAGUUCGAAGCUUUUUUGUCCUAGAUGUAACGACAUUUUUGGUAUUCUAGAUUUCAGGAGUUUUUCAAAUAUCAACAAUAAGUACAACCUGUUCAAAGAAACCUUGGAAACUCGUUGACGAAUUCUCUGAAAAAAUCUUGAGAAAGCUAGGAAAACAACUAUCUUGGAUUUUUCGACAAUAGGAAGCAAUCAGUGAAGUACUAGAUUGAAAGUAGU